CCAGAGAACUCCUCAGUGAUCACGAUGAACUGUGUGGUGUACUAACAGAAAUUGCGAAUGACAUUAGUUCUGCUGUGUUCUCCAUUAUAACCAAAACGUUUUCCUUAACAAUGUUCGCAUUGACGUCUGCCCAAUCAUUUCAUAGAGAUAGUUUUUAUUACGCCUACACGUUCGAACGGGAAAUGGCGGCAUCUGUUAUACCUAUUGCCAUAACCGGUGUCUUUAUUUUUGCGAUGGUCUACACCUUUGAGAAGGUACAAGAUCUUCGCAGUGUUCUACAAACAUGUCAACUAUCCAAACAAAAGCAUUCAUUGGAUAUGGAACGGAUAAUGUUGAAAAAGACCAAUACGUUGUAUUUUCAACCACCUGGAUUUCACUUUGCUGGCAUUUGCAUAAUCGAUCGUAGAUUUAUGGUGUCGAUUAUUAGCCUCUUUACAACCUACACACUGCUAACAUGGGACCAUAAAUGACUAUAACGGAUACAUCGUUGGUUUUGUCUCCGAAUAAUAAACGAGGUU